CUCACUCAAAGCCUCUCGAUCUUCAUUCCUGUCCUUUUCCUUCUAUUAAUUUUUCUGCCUCGCUUUGGAAAGAUUUCAAUUCUCGUUCUAAGAUACCCAGAGAGGGAGAAGUCAUUCAUGGCCACCUGCAACAUGGCAUCGGCUGCUUCCGGAUUCGUGUUGGCGCCUUCUGUUGUUGGAGGCAGCUCAACUUCUGCCUCCAGGAGCUCUAUGGUGGCAUUCUCUUCAAAGAACAACCACUCGAGGCUGGUGGUUAGGGCUGCCGAUGAGGCUGCGGCGGCGGCGCCCUCCUCCUCCGCCCCCGAUGCUCCUGCGGCGGAAGCGGAAGCUCCCAAACCCAAGCCGCCACCUAUUGGCCCCAAGAGAGGAGCUAAGGUUAAGAUUCUUAGGAAGGAAUCCUACUGGUACAAGGGCGUUGGUUCUGUUGUUGCUGUUGAUCAGGACCCCAAGACUCGCUACCCAGUCGUGGUCCGAUUCAACAAAGUUAACUAUGCCAAUGUAUCCACAAACAACUACGCCCUGGAUGAGAUUGAGGAAGUCAAAUGAGUGAAUAGUCGUCCAAUGUAAUUGUAAUUUUAAAGAUGCUUGUAGCUCGAGGAUUUUCUUGUCACAAAGAUGAAUCUGUAUUGUAUUUUCUCUCUCAAAUUCAUCGUUUUAGCUCCCUAUGCCA